AUGAUGCCCCAGAAGAAGAAGAGGAGGAAAAAAGACAUCGACUUCCUGCGCGUGUAUGAGGAGGAGCUUCUGAACUAUGUCUCAGAGGAUGACGAGGAUGAGCUGGAACAUGAAUACUACAAGGCUAAAGUCUAUGAGGUGGUUACAGCCACUGGGGAUGUCCGUGGUGCAGGGACAGAUGCCAAUGUCUUCAUCACGAUAUUUGGAGAGAAUGGGCUUUCUCCCAAGCUCCAUCUCACCAGCAAGAGUGAGUCUGCUUUUGAGAAAGCCAAUGUCGAUGUGUUCCGAAUCAGAACCAACAACGUGGGCCUCAUCUAUAAAAUCAGGAUUGAGCAUGACAACACCGGUUUGAAUGCCAGCUGGUAUCUGGACCGUGUGAUCGUGACUGACAUGAAGAGGCCUCAUCUUCGUUACUACUUCAACUGCAACAACUGGUUGAGCAAAGAGGAAGGUGACCGCCAGUGGUGCCGGGAUCUGCUGGCCAGCUUCAACCCCAUGGACACGCCCAGAGGUAACAAGUACGAAAUCAAGGUAUAUACUGGUGAUGUGAUUGGUGCAGGGACAGACGCCGAUGUUGUCAUCAAUAUCUUUGGAGAGUAUGGAGACACAGGGGAGCGUAGGUUGGAAAGCGGAAAGGACAACUUUGAAAGGGGAGCUGAAGAUAAGUUCUUACUGGAUGCCCCGGAUUUGGGGCAGCUGAUGAAGAUCAAUGUGGGCCACAACAACAAGGGGAGUUCUGCAGGUUGGUUCCUGUCCAAGAUUGUCAUUGAAGAUAUUGGGAACAAAAGGAAAUAUGACUUUCCCCUUAACCGUUGGCUGGCUUUGGAUGAAGAUGAUGGCAAAAUCCAAAGGGAUAUUUUAGUGGGUGGAGCUGAAACCACAGCGAUCACCUAUAUUGUCACCAUCUUCACGGGGGAUAUCCGGGGAGCUGGGACCAAAUCCAAAAUCUACUUGGUUAUGUACGGAGCCAGAGGGAAUAAGAAUAGUGGGAAGAUCUUCUUGGAGGGAGGCGUGUUUGACCGAGGUCGUACAGAUAUCUUCCAGAUAGAACGGGCUGUCCUCCUCAGCCCCCUCAGUCGGGUCUCCAUUGGCCAUGGUAAUGUGGGCGUCAACAGAGGCUGGUACUGUGAGAAGGUGGUAAUCCUGUGCCCCUUCACUGGUAUCCAGCAGACCUUCCCCUGCAGCAACUGGCUGGAUGAAAAGAAAGCAGAUGGGCUGAUUGAGAGGCAGCUCUACGAGAUGGUGUCUCUCAGGAAGAAACGGCUAAAAAAAUUUGCUUGGUCCCUGUGGGUCUGGACGACUGACCUGAAGAAAGCUGGUACCAACUCACCCAUCUUCAUCCAGAUUUACGGGCAGAAGGGGCGGACAGAUGAGAUUCUCCUGAAUCCCAACAACAAAUGGUUCAAACCAGGCACCGUCGAGAAGUUUAGGAUUGAGCUCCCAGAUCUCGGCAGAUUUUAUAAAAUUCGGGCAUGGCAUGAUAGAAGGAAUCCUGGCUCUGGAUGGCACUUAGAAAGGAUGACAUUGAUGAACAUUCUGAACAAAGACAAAUAUAACUUCAAUUGCAAUCGCUGGCUGGAUGCCAAUGAGGAUGAUAACGAGAUUGUGAGGGAAAUGACUGCAGAGGGUCCAACAGUGCGGAGAAUAAUGGGCAUGGCCCGCUACCGCGUGACCGUCUGCACAGGGGAGCUUGAAGGUGCAGGGACCGAUGCCAACGUCUACCUCUGCCUUUAUGGUGAUGUGGGGGACACAGGCGAGCGGCUGCUCUACAACUGCAGGAACAACACUGAGCUGUUUGAGAAAGGCAACGCUGAUGAGUUCACCAUCGAGUCAGUUACCAUGCGGAAGGUUAGGCGAGUACGGGUCAGGCAUGAUGGCAAAGGCUCGAGUAGCAGCUGGUACUUGGACCGGGUGCUGGUGAGAGAGGAAGGCCAGCCGGAGAGCGACAACGUGGAGUUUCCAUGUCUCAGGUGGCUGGACAAGGAUCAGGAUGAUGGGCAGCUGGUCCGAGAGCUGCUGCCUAGUGAUAGCAGUGCCACACUUAAGAACUUCCGCUAUCACAUCAGCGUGAAGACUGGAGAUAUCUCUGGGGCCAGCACCGAUUCUAAGGUCUACAUCAAGCUCUACGGGGAAAAAUCUGACACCAUCAAGCAAGUGCUUCUGGUCUCUGACAAUAAUCUCAAAGACUAUUUUGAACGUGGCCGGGUGGAUGAGUUUACUCUUGAAACCCUGAACAUCGGAACUAUCAACCGGCUGGUGAUUGGGCAUGAUAGCACAGGCAUGCAUUCAAGUUGGUUCCUGGGCAGUGUCCAGGUCCGAGUGCCUCGCCAAGGCAAGCAGUACACCUUUCCUGCCAACCGCUGGCUGGACAAGAACAAGGCUGACGGGCGUCUGGAGGUAGAGCUGUACCCGAGUGAGGUCGUCGAGAUCCAGAAAUUGGUUCACUACGAGGUUGAGAUUUGGACUGGGGAUAUAGGUGGUGCCGGCACCACUGCUCGAGUCUUCAUGCAGAUCUAUGGUGAGGAAGGCAAGACUGAAGUGCUCUUCCUCUCCAGCCGUUCCAAAGUUUUUGAUCGGGCAUCCAAGGACAUAUUCCAGCUGGAGGCAGCAGAUGUGGGUGAGAUCUACAAGAUCCGGCUGGGGCACACCGGUGAGGGCUUCGGGCCCAGCUGGUUCGUGGACACAGUGUGGCUGCGGCACCUGGUGGUGCGGGAAGAGGACCUCACACCUGAGGAGGAGGCCAGGAAGAAGAAAGAGAAAGACAAGCUGCGGCAGCUGCUCAAGAAGGAGCGCCUGAAGGCCAAGCUACAGAGGAAGAAAAAGAAGAAAAAGAAAGGCAGCGAUGAGGAGGAAGAGAGUGGGGAGGAGGAGGAGUCUUCAUCAGAGGAAUCUUCCUCUGAAGAGGAGGAGGAGGAGGAGUCAGAAGAGGAGGAGGAGGAGGAGGAAUAUGGGCCUGGGAUGCAGGCAGUAAUUGAACAGCACAAGUUCGAAGCCCAUCGUUGGCUGGCCCGAGGCAAGGAGGAUGAUGAACUUGUCGUGGAGUUGGUGCCAACAGGCCAGUCGGGUCCUGAGCCUAAUACUUAUGAAGUCCAGGUGAUCACAGGGAAUGUGCCUAAGGCGGGCACUGAUGCUAACGUCUACCUGACCAUCUAUGGUGAGGAAUAUGGGGACACUGGAGAGCGGUCUCUGAAGAAGUCAGACAAGUCCAACAAGUUUGAACAGGGGCAGACAGACACCUUCACCCUCUAUGCCAUUGACCUAGGGCCUCUGACCAAGAUUCGGAUUCGCCAUGACAACACAGGCAGCAGACCAGGCUGGUUUCUGGACAGAAUAGACAUCACUGAUAUGAACAAUGAGAUCACGUACUACUUCCCAUGCCAACGCUGGCUGGCAGUGGAGGAGGAUGAUGGCCAGCUAUCCAGGGAGUUGUUGCCAGUGGACGAGUCCUAUGUGCUGCCCAGUGAGGAUGACGAAGGUGGGGGGCAUGGUGACAAUAACCCCCUGGACAACAUGGCGCUGGAACAAAAAGAUAAAUCAACUACAUUCUCAGUGACCAUAAAGACUGGGGACAAGAAGAAUGCAGGCACAGAUGCCAACGUCUUCAUCACACUCUUUGGCACACAAGAUGACACUGGAAUAACCCUCCUGAAGUCCUCAAAGACCAACACCGACAAAUUUGAGAGAGACAGCAUUGAAAUCUUCACAGUGGAAACACUGGAUCUGGGAGACCUGUGGAGAGUUAGGAUCGGCCAUGACAACACAGGAAAGGCCCCAGGCUGGUUUGUAGACUGGGUGGAGGUGGAUGCUCCCUCUCUUGGAAAGCGCAUGACAUUUCCCUGUGGCCGCUGGCUGGCCAAGAAUGAAGAUGAUGGGAUGAUCGUCAGGGACCUCUUCCACGCGGAGCUUCAGACAAGGCUGUACACACCAUUUGUCCCUUACGAGAUCACUCUCUACACCAGUGAUGUCUUUGCUGCUGGGACAGAUGCCAACAUCUUCAUUGUCAUCUAUGGCUGUGAUGCUGUGUGCACCACACAGAAGUUCCUGUGCACCAACAAGAGGGAGCAGAAGAUGUUCUUUGAGAGGAAGUCUGCCUCCCGCUUCAUUGUGGAGUUAGAGGAUGUGGGUGAAAUCAUUGAAAAAAUCCGGAUUGGCCAUGAUAAUACAGGCGUAAAUCCUGGAUGGCACUGUUCACACGUGGACAUCCGCAGGCUCCUCCCGGAUAAAGAUGGUACAGAGACCUUGACUUUCCCAUGUGAUCGGUGGCUUGCCACCUCUGAGGACGACAAGAAAACCAUUCGAGAGCUGGUCCCUUAUGACAUCUUCACCGAGAAAUACAUGAAAGAUGGCUCGUUAAGGCAAGUCUACAAGGAAGUGGAGGAGCCUCUGGACAUUGUGCUGUAUUCAGUGCAGAUCUUCACAGGGAAUGUUCCAGGAGCAGGGACGGACGCUAGGGUCUACAUCACCAUCUAUGGAGACCUAGGGGACACAGGAGAGCGCUACCUUGGCAAGUCAGAGAACCGCAUCAACAAAUUCGAGAAAGGAACGGCUGACACCUUCAUCAUUGAGGCUGCUGACCUGGGUGUCAUCUACAAGAUCAAGCUCCGCCAUGACAACACCAAGUGGUAUGCAGACUGGUACGUGGAGAAGGUAGAAAUCUGGAAUGACACCAAUGAGGAUGAAUUCCUGUUCCUCUGUGGGCGCUGGCUGUCUUUGAAGAAAGAGGAUGGUCGACUGGAGAGGCUCUUUUAUGAGAAGGAGUACACUGGGGACCGCAGUAGCAACUGCAGUAGCCCUGCUGACUUCUGGGAAAUCGCCUUGAGCUCCAAGAUGGCUGAUGUAGACAUUGCCACGGUAACAGGGCCCAUGGUUGACUACGUUCAGGAGGGUCCAGUUAUUCCUUACUAUGUGUCAGUUACCACUGGGAAACACAAGGAUGCAGCUACUGACAGCCGAGCCUUCAUCCUACUCAUCGGGGAGGAUGAUGAGCGCAGCAACCGCAUCUGGCUAGAUUACCCUCAAGGGAAGAAGGGUUUCCGCUGUGGCUCUGUGGAGGAGUUCUAUGUUGGAGGCUUAGAUGUGGGCAUCAUCAAGAAGAUAGAGGUGCUUUAUGAAAUGACAGUGUGGACAGGAGAUGUGGUUGGUGGGGGCACUGACUCCAACAUCUUCAUGACACUGUACGGCAUCAACGGGAGCACAGAAGAAGUACAGCUGGACAAGAAGAAGGCCAGGUUUGAGAGGGAACAGAAUGACACCUUCAUCAUGGAGAUCCUGGACAUUGCUCCUUUCACCAAGAUGCGCAUCCGCAUCGAUGGCCUGGGCAGCCGGCCAGAGUGGUUCCUGGAGAAGGUCCUGCUGAAGAACAUGAACACCGGAGACCUGACCAUGUUCUACUACAGAGACUGGCUGUCCCAGCGGAAGGGCAAGAAGACCCUGGUGUGUGAGAUGUGUGCUGUCAUCGAUGGGGAGGAAAUGAUGGAAUGGACGUCCUAUACUGUCACAGUGAAGACCAGCGACAUCCUGGGAGCGGGCACCGAUGCUAAUGUGAGCAUCAUCAUCUUCGGGGAGAAUGGAGACAGUGGGACCCUGGCUCUGAAGCAGUCGGCGAACUGGAACAAGUUUGAACGGAACAACACGGAUACCUUCAACUUCUCUGACAUGCUGAGCCUGGGCCACCUCUGCAAGCUGAGGGUCUGGCAUGACAACAAAGGAAUAUUUCCUGGCUGGCACCUGAGCUAUGUUGAUGUGAAGGACAACUCCCGAGAUGAGACCUUCCGCUUCCAAUGUGACUGCUGGCUCUCCAAGAGUGAGGGUGACAGGCAGACGGUCCGUGACUUUGCGUGUGCCAACAAUGCGAUCCGGGAGGAGCUGGAGGAGACCACCUAUGAGAUUGUCAUAGAAACGGGCAAUGGCGGUGAAACCAGGGAGAAUGUCUGGCUCAUCCUGGAGGGCAGGAAGAACCGAUCCAAAGAGUUCCUUGUGGAAAAUUCUUCCAGACAGAGAGCCUUUAGGAAGGGGGCCACUGACACAUUUGAGUUCGACAGCAUCUUCUUGGGGGACAUUGCCUCUUUGUGUGUAGGCCACUUGGCCAGGGAGGAUCGAUUCAUCCCAAAAAGAGAGCUGGCCUGGCAUGUCAAGACUAUCACCAUCACCGAGAUGGAAUACAGCAAUGUCUACUUCUUUAACUGUGACUGCCUCAUCCCCCUCAAAAGGAAGAGGAAGUACUUCAAGGUAUUUGAAGUUACCAAGACUACUGAAAGCUUUGCAAGCAGGAUCCAGAGCCUGGUACCUGUCAAGUAUGAAAUUAUCGUGACAACAGGUUAUGAACUAGGGGCUGGCACUGAUGCCAAUGUCUUUGUGACCAUCUUUGGGUCCAACGGGGACACAGGCAAAAGGGAGCUGAAGCAGAAAAUGCGCAACCUCUUUGAGAGAGGCAGUACAGAUCGCUUCUUCCUGGAGACGCUGGAGCUGGGUGAGCUGCGAAAAGUGCGUCUAGAGCAUGACAGCAGUGGCUACUACUCGGGCUGGCUAGUGGAUAAAGUGGAGGUCACCAACACUAGCACUGGGGUGGCCACGAUCUUCACCUGUGGCAGGUGGCUGGACAAGUCUCGGGGGGAUGGGCUCACCUGGAGGGACCUCUUCCCUUCUGUCUGAGAGGAUGGUCUUGGCCACAUCCUUCCUGCUUCCAUUUAGAUGC